AUGAAGGUGAACCAACAGCUAAAAUUCAACGUUCCCUUCCCAUCAUUGAUCACCAGAUUUGCAGCCUUAUUUGGUGUAGAGAGACGUCCAACAGACCGGACGUCUGUCUACAACAGUAAGCAGCCCUUUCUGCCAUACGGAGACUUUGAAGGACCGCCUCAGAAAAAGUGGAAGACCUCUAAGCCUACAUCAGCAGCAACAGAGUCCUCAGCACCUCCUUCAGCACCCGCACCCUUUGACGGUCACGACCCUGGGCCACCUCCUCCAAAUACAAUAGAGCCUGAGGCCGAGGAGCCUGCACCUGAGGAACCAACAGCUGAAGCUGGCCAGGUAGCCCAGACACCUGAGCAUAGAGCAGAGGAGCCUAUAGAUGAGAUGGCUGAUGAGCCUGCGGAUCACAUGAUUGAGGAGCCGGUAGUUGUAGCCGAGCUGAUAGCUGAGACAGCAUCAGAGCCAGCUGGCCACACAGUUGAGCAGCCGAGAGCUGAGACCACCACACAGCCAUCUAGCGCCAUCAUUAUUUACCAGCGUUACCACCACCCACCACCAUCUCACGGUGGAGUUUCUCAUGGUUGA